AUGGUGAUCAAAUCCCGCUAUUCGUUCCCCAUACCCCAGGUCUCACUACCAACGUACAUCUUCGAUUCGCCUACCGUAGAACUACCAAAGGAACCGUUUUAUCUUUCUGCAAGCGAACCUGAAAAGUACAACAUCUCGUUACACGAUCUUCGUCUCUAUGCGAAACGCUUCGCUUCAGGUCUGCAGCGCGCAGGCCUCCAACCAGGAGAUCGCGUGUUGCUCUACUCGGGAAAUACGCUCUUCUUCCCAGCAGUAGUGAUGGGCAUCGUCAUGGCAGAGGGUGUCUUUACCGGCGCAAAUCCCACUUACAUUGGCCGAGAGCUAGCGUAUCAAUUGAAAGACAGCGGAGCGCGCUUCAUGGUAUGCGCAGAGGGCAGUUUGGACACAGGAAUCGCGGCUGCGAAAGAGAUUGGCAUGGGUCCUGAGCGCAUCUUUGUCUUCGACGAUGGUGUUGCCACGUUUGAGGGCCGUAAAGUGGAGAAGAAGACGGAACUCGGAAAUGUCCGCCACUGGACUGAACUCCUCGAUACGCCAGAGCGCGGGGACGCAUACUCAUGGCCCGACUUGAAGACCCCAGAAGAGCUUGAUCGCAUAGUUGCUCUCAACUACUCCUCGGGUACGACUGGUGUUGCAAAGGGCGUUAUGAUAACGCACAGGAACUAUGUCGCAAACUGCAGCCAACAGAUCCACAUCCAGACCACCAGCCCCGACUACCAUGAGAAGCUGAAGAAGAAGAAGUACCUUUGCUUCCUGCCCAUGUAUCACGCUAUGGCGCAAGCGAUCUUCUGUUUCGGUGCGGUAAAACAACGCGUACCAGUUUACAUGAUGCCCAAGUUCGACUUUGUCGAGAUGCUACAGAAUGUGCAAAAGUACCGCAUUACGGACAUGGUUCUGGUACCCCCGGUCAUCGUGGCCAUGGCAAAGCACCCCGCGACGAAGAAGUUCGACUUGGGCUCCGUGACGGGCGUGUCUUCGGGCGCUGCCCCACUCGGUCGAGAAGUCAUUGAGGAAUUUGAACGACUAUGGCCGAACGGCCAAGUCAACGUCAAGCAAGGUUAUGGCAUGACGGAAGUGACUUGUGCCGCAACGACGUUCCCACCUUCAGCCUACUCGUCCAGCUUCUCUGUCGGCGAAGUCCUAGCAAACUGCGAAGCAAAGAUCGUCGUAGAUGACGACGGCAAGGUCGAAGCGCCGCAAGGCGAGAGAGGCGAGAUCUGGGUUCGCGGACCUAACAUCAUGAAGGGGUACUGGAACAAGCCCGAUGCGACCAAAGAGACUCUGACAGAAGACGGGUGGUUGAAGACGGGAGACGUGGCAUAUGUAGAUGAACAGAACCACUUCUUCAUAGUUGAUAGGAAGAAGGAAUUGAUUAAGGUCAAGGGUCUACAGGUUGCACCCGCGGAGUUGGAAGCGCUGCUGCUGGACCACCCAGAUGUGCAGGACGCUGCUGUUAUUGGCGUUAAAGCUAAUGGCGAUGAAUUGCCUCGCGCGUACAUUAUGCCUCAGUCGCCCGACAAGGCGACCCCAGAGACGGCUGAGAAUAUCAAGAAGUGGCUGGCUGAGCGUGUUUCUAGACAUAAGCGCUUGGAAGGUGGUGUGCAUUUCAUUGAUGCGAUUCCGAAGAAUCCUUCUGGGAAGAUUUUGAGGAAGGAGUUGAGGGAGAAGGCUGCGCUGGAAGAUACCAAGGCGAGGUUGUAG